CUCGUGUCGACGUAGUGGUACUAAGUUCAGUACCAUUACUUUGCCACCAUAUGGGUUUACCUCAUUUUCAUCAGUCAGCGGACACUUAUGUCAAUGGAUAGUAUUUCAAGUUAAAAAUGACAGAUGAGGGGGAACAUCCUAGUCUAGAAUACAUUGAGGAUCCCUACUUUAAUCCCCAAGACUCAACUUUAACUCCUAGUCUAGACGACCUUGAUGACAGUGACAUAUUAGAGGAAUAUGACCUUCUUGAAAGCGAAAAUGACAUAUUUGAUUUACGCCAGCUGGAUUUCGAUGAGGUGACAACUAGUGGCAUUAAUAUUGAUGAGGCACUCAAUGUAGAAACUGAGUUUUUUAAUGUGAAAAGGGCAAAUGCUAUUGUGAGAACAUUUUUCAGGAAUAAAGUCACUAGGCAAGUGCGUGUUAGAUAUAGUGACUUGACAAAGCCUUACCUAGCUAAGUUGCCCAAAGAUAAUAGUUUUAGGAAGUAUUUACAUGUUAGUUUAAGUAAUAGUGAGGAAGCAAUGGCCGCGGACCACGUUGCCCCAGACCUCUCCCACCUCUCUCAAGAGGAGAAGGAACAGCAGGAAAAAAUCUGGAGAGAAGAACUUGCUCAAGUGGAGGAUGAAAUUGUAACUUUGAGGACAGUUUUGGCGUCAAAAAUGAGAAGAAGUGCUGAACUCAAGAAGAACUUGGGUAUUACCUUCUUGAAGGAGGUUUCUGACGACAUUAACCAGGGAAUUAAGAACGUUAAGGAAAGUAAUGUAUAUCAGACCGUAGAAAAUAAAGUAGAGCAAGUCGCAAAGGCUGUGUCGGAGGCCCCGCUGUAUCAAAAAACUACAUCUGUAAUAGGUGGUUUUACAAGCAAUAUUACUAGCAAAUUGGGUCAGAUGAGGCACUCGGAAUCUUUUAAGUCUAUCGAGGAGAGGGUUGGAAGUGCUUAUGAAAAUGUCAAGGGUAAAGUAAUAUCCAGAUCCGGCUCUCAACAGAGCGUCAAUGAGGAAGCUCGAUCCAGGUCGGGAUCCGUAGCUACUAGUCCUACCAUCCCAGAAGAGAAGCCAGUGGCAUAAGGAACCACACAAGAUACUUAAUAUAUAAACCGUCGCUUAUUACGAACCGCGUUGGCUUGUAAUAAAUGGCUUGAAAGUCAAACUUUUCCAACCACUAAGGGCCUUGAAAGUGAUUCAUAUGGUAUAUCCUCGGAUAUAUCAUGCUUGAAACUAUCAAAUGCUAAUUUUUAAAGUUAGUUUUGUUUCAGUUUAGUUAAUAUGGUGGUAAAAAGUUUUCUUAUUCCUUAUAUUUUGUUUUUUUUGCUUUAUAUUGUGAUUUUGUUCUUAGUUAUAUGUUAUUUCUUAAUACAGUUUAAAAACCUUGAAAAAAAUUGUAAACUACUUUAGCUUGCUUGCCUGGAAAAAAGUUAUUGUAACGGUUCCUUUAUUGUUGCAUUUAGUUAUUAUAAGAAGUUUAAACUUUU